AAGUGGAUCUUGAACCAAAAACAAAAUGCCAAGAAAGAAAUUCAUCCCAGCAGCAAAAACUUCGAGGCUGUUGUAACUUUUAAAUUAUACUGCGAUGAAAAAGAUAAUCUUCUAUUGAACAAGGUCAAUGACAGUCUUGGUAAUACAGACAUCCCUUAUUUUCUUUUUUAAGAUGAGCCAUGAAAGAAUGGAUAUUGCUAUGAAGAUGAACAAGGACGGGUAUCACUUUCUA